CAUGCAUAUGAACUUUUUUCGAUGAUCAAGUGGGAGAUUUUUCUUCAAAAAGAGGGAGAUUUUAGAAUUUGCAAUAAAAAAGAAGGAAGUUCUGACAUCAAAAAUAGGGAAAUUUCUUUAAUUUGUGAAAAUACCCCUUAUUUUAAGGAAAAUCUUUGAAAAUAAGGCUGCAGAAAGUGGGAAUCUUCCGCUAAAGAAUAUCACAACAUUUCUUCCUAAAUAAUGGAGAGUGAAGGGAAUAUCAAUAUAGUUGAUGAUACUGUAGGUGGAGUGGAAACUACAGAACCCAAAGAUGAAAAGUAUGGAUGUAAGUGGAAAGGAAAUGUAAAGAUAUUUGAUGACACUAAAUCAGAUAGUGAGGCUGAGGAAAAUAGUGCGAAAGAUUACCAAAGUAAUAGCGAUGAUCCAACUGAAAGUAGUGAAGAUGAAAAUAAACCGGAAUUCAAAGAGACGGUGCAAAAAUGUAAGAAACAGAUAACUAAAAUUAGUGUUAAGACAGAACCAGAUGAUUUGAAUUCCAAGGAUUGUGUCUCUGAUACUAAUAAUAACUUAAGCGAAAUGGUUUGUGUUGGUGAAAAUUCAAAUUCAGAUAUGUUAAAAAGUAAAACUAUCAUAGUUAAAACAAAACAAUCAUUGUGUAAUGAAAUAGAUAAUGAACAAAAUGAAAGUGGUGCUGAUGGAAAAUCUGGAGAUGAUUUACAUUUACCUUUUAAGGAAAAUAAGAAUUGCAGUAAUGAUUUUGCAGAUAAUAUUGAAGAUUUUAGUCCGAAAGAUCAUGUACCCGAGGAGCCAUUAGAAGAUUGUGUUGGUACUUCAAACAAGGGAAUUAGUCAAAAGGCAGAGAUAGCUGAGUUUAACCCUUUCUUUAUUAAACUAGAAGAAGUACCUAUUGAACCUGAAAAUACAUCCAUUUCCUCUGUAGAAAAAGCUUCAGAUAAUUUCUCAGGACUUUGCGACUUUUGUAAUCCUUGUAAGUCUGCCAUGUUUACCUGCAACAAUUGUAAAUUCUUUUACUGCAUUGAGUGUCGUACAAAUCUUCAUCCAAAUCGUGGACCAUUCAAAUCACAUAAAGUAAUUCUGUUAGAUGGUAGAGUUGUUGUUGAACAUCAUGAGAAAUGUGAGGAGCAUGGUCUAGUAGCUCAAUUAUUUUGCUCCUACUGUGAGCAGAAAAGGUGUGCUGAAUGUGCCAAUACAAAAUGUUUUCUCCAUUUUAAGGGAAAAGUGAGUGGAGCUGAUAUCGAAAGAGAAAAGACACUGUUGGUGGAAGAAUUAGAAAGAGCAACUACGAAGCUGGCAUUUCUGGGAAGAUACAAAGAGAUGGUGGAAAAGGAAUAUGAUCAAGUUGAGUUGACAGGAUUACUUAGAAAAGAACAAAUAAGACAGGAAUUUGUGUCAUUUCAUGAUUUGUUGAUAACUAAAGAAGCAGAAAUGUUAGAAGUUUUAGAUCAGGAUGUGCAGGAACGAUUGAAUCAUAUCAGAGAUACAUUACAAGCUAGUGUCGUAGCUUUAGAGAGGGAAGACGCCCUACUCACAACAACAGUGACAGAAUUGGUGCAGUCAGAAAAUGAUGCCAAAUUUAUUGAGGAAUGCGUCAAUGCAAAAGAAUUGUGCAGUCAAGCUUAUGAUAAGAUUAGAAAAUUUAACCGAGAUUGGGCAAAAAAUUCAGAGUACAAGAAGAGCCAGGUUCUUGAUAAUCCUUUCAGUAUGUUUCUAGAAAAGAGACAACUCCAUGAAAGUUUGGAUGCAGCAGUGUCCACAAUACCAGAAGUGAAGUUUAAUGAGAUGAUGCUGUACUUAGAUACCGAUUCAGUACCAUUGCAAAUAUCCGACUACCUACAAAUUCCUGUUGUUCCUCCCUCAACACAGGUCCAAUACGUGUUACAGUUGUCCUUCUGUGGUAAAGUUGUUUAUGAAAAAGAAAUGAUGGAAGUGAAGGAGAUGAUAUUAAAUACAGAGGAAACUGUUAAAUUGGAAAGAGGCUGUCGAUAUCUUGUGAAGGUGCAACCAACUUAUAAAUACUUUGUCAAUUCAACUGAUAAGUUGCUUGAAAGAGGUAAUUCUGCUCAUAUGUUAAUUGUAGUUGAAUAUAACUUCAAGGGAAAAGCAGAAAAAGUGGUAGCAGAUAUAAGAUCACGAUCUCCCUUGGUAGCAGGAUCUCCCAAACACUAUAGUUGGCAGGAUAGCAGAUGUAACACAACAUUUAAGUUGCCUCAACAGCAUUCUUUGGGAUAUUUAACAAACAGAGAAGAUAUAAAACAUAAAGGAAAACAGAUGCAUUUGGAAUAUAUAAGUCCGUUUCAAGGGGAAUUUUUAGAACGAAAGAACAAAGAUCCUACUGGUGAAGAUGGGGAAGACACUGAUGAAGACACUUAUGAUGAUGAAGAUAUAGAGGAUUCAUUGGAAAAGAGAAUAAAAGGUUUGUCAAAUAAAGUGUCUGAACCUCAUACCAUAAAAAUGCUGUAAGGAAAAGGAAAAAUG